AUCUGGCCCCUGCCCACCGCGGUGGUCCUCCUACGGCUAUAUAUUCUUCGCCCUGGCCCCCAAACGCCCCUCACCCGACCCUGCCGUUCGCUUCCCCUCGCCGCCACACUCCCCACUCCCAGUGAGAUUCGUCGGGUGUGUUUGCCAAUCAGAAGAUGAGGGAGAUCCUGCACAUUCAGGGCGGGCAAUGUGGCAACCAGAUCGGCUCCAAGUUCUGGGAGGUGGUGUGUGACGAGCACGGCAUCGACCCCACGGGGCGGUAUGUCGGCACCUCUGACCUGCAGCUGGAGCGCGUCAAUGUGUACUACAACGAGGCUUCCUGCGGCCGUUUCGUGCCCAGGGCUGUCCUCAUGGAUCUUGAGCCUGGUACCAUGGACAGCGUCCGCACUGGGCCGUAUGGGCAGAUCUUCCGCCCUGACAACUUUGUGUUUGGGCAGUCUGGUGCUGGUAACAACUGGGCCAAGGGUCAUUACACCGAGGGUGCUGAGCUCAUUGAUUCCGUCCUUGAUGUUGUUAGGAAGGAGGCUGAGAACUGUGACUGCCUUCAAGGUUUCCAAGUAUGCCACUCUCUUGGUGGUGGUACUGGAUCUGGCAUGGGGACACUUUUGAUUUCCAAGAUCAGGGAGGAGUACCCAGACCGCAUGAUGCUUACGUUCUCUGUUUUCCCCUCACCAAAAGUAUCCGACACUGUGGUUGAGCCUUACAACGCGACUCUUUCUGUCCAUCAGUUGGUUGAGAAUGCAGAUGAGUGCAUGGUUCUUGACAAUGAGGCUCUUUAUGACAUCUGUUUCAGGACUCUCAAGCUGACCACCCCCAGCUUUGGAGAUCUGAACCAUUUGAUCUCUGCCACCAUGAGUGGAGUAACUUGCUGCUUGAGGUUCCCUGGGCAGCUGAACUCUGACCUCCGCAAGUUGGCAGUGAACCUUAUCCCCUUCCCACGUCUCCACUUCUUCAUGGUCGGGUUCGCCCCCUUGACCUCCCGCGGCUCCCAGAUGUACCGUUCCCUCACGGUCCCCGAGCUUACCCAGCAGAUGUGGGAUUCCAAGAACAUGAUGUGCGCCGCUGAUCCUCGCCACGGCCGCUACCUCACCGCAUCUGCCAUGUUCCGUGGUAAGAUGAGCACCAAGGAGGUCGACGAGCAGAUGAUCAAUGUCCAGAACAAGAACUCGUCCUACUUCGUGGAGUGGAUCCCCAACAACGUGAAAUCCAGCGUCUGCGAUAUCGCGCCGAGGGGCCUGUCCAUGGCAUCGACCUUCAUUGGCAACUCCACUUCCAUCCAGGAGAUGUUCAGGAGAGUGAGCGAGCAGUUCACAGCCAUGUUCAGGAGGAAGGCUUUCCUUCACUGGUACACCGGCGAGGGCAUGGACGAGAUGGAGUUCACUGAGGCCGAGAGCAACAUGAACGACCUCGUCGCAGAGUACCAGCAGUACCAGGACGCCACCGCCGAUGAGGAGGGUGACUACGAGGACGAGGAGGAUCUGCAAGCCGAUGAAGAGUGAGGUGUGUUCUGUUCUGUGUGACGGUUAGGGGCCAUCUCUGAUGGCUUUGUGGCUAGUCUGAAGCCAGUGUGUGCUACUGUGUGUGUGUGGUUGCCCAUGCUUGGGCACUCCUGGACUUGGUUGAUGCUUUGUGAGUUUGUGUAGUUGUGUUUGUUCGGUUAAUUCGUAGGCAGUUUGUGAUGAGUUUAUGGUGAACUUGAGAUUUAGAUUUUAGAACCGUAGCAGAAGUGCCUUUCUGUAAAAUGGUUCUGAAUCCUAAUGCAACGUUUGCUGUUUUCA